AUGCGAGUAGGAUAUAGCCAGAAAUGGAAAUUCUUAAUGAUAACCUGCUGUAUAACCUAUGCUGUUUUCGUAUAUUUUCCUAAUUUGCCUUCCGAUAAGUCUCCAAACGCUGAAAGGAAUAAAUUUCGGAAUAAAGUAAUAAAACCAAAUAAUGUUAUCAAUAUGGAUUUGAAGGAGCAACAGGAUGAGCCAGAAGUAUUGUCGGCGGAGAAACAAUUGUUAGAGGAGAAACAAUAUUUCGAGUUCAAGCCUGUUGAAGGAGAAUCUUUCUUUGUUCAGGAACUAAUGACCAAUUAUGAUAUUAGUUUAGCUGAAAAAUUAACAUGUAAAGCUGAUCAAACAGCUCCUCCAAAACUCAUAGUUAGCAUUAAUGCUGGUCAUGAUCAGAGUAACUUAGAAGGAUGUCCAGAAUGGAACUGUGUAUUAUCAAGAGACCGUAGUAAAGCAGAUGAGGCUGAUGCGUUGCUGCUCAUCGCCAAGUCCAAUGAGAAAUACAGAAAAAGUGAUCAAUAUUACAUUUAUUUCAGUCAAGAAUCACCGAAAAACUCCGCAACUCAAACACAUGUUGAUAACUUUUAUAAUAUGACAUUAGGAUAUCGUCAUGAUAGUCCUACAUCCUCUCCAUACGGUUAUACAGUCAAGCUGGCACCACAAUCUCGAAAGCUAGGACAGCUUAUCGAUUCCGUAAGAGUAAAUAAGAAGUUUAAAGGAGCAGCAUGGUUUGUUAGCCAUUGUUCUACGAAUAGCCGUCGAGAACAGAUAAUAGGUAGUCUGAAGAAACAUUUUCCCGUUGAUGUGUAUGGAGCUUGUGGAAAUCUGCGAUGUCCACGAGGUGCUUCGUGUGAAGACGCAUUAGACAACGAAUAUCAUUUUUAUGUAGCUGUUGAGAACUCAAUAUGUAAAGAUUAUCUCACUGAGAAGUUAUGGAAUCAGGGCUAUGGAAGAGAUGUUGUUCCUAUUGUACUGUCGAGGAAGCUGACUGAACCGUUCGUGCCUCCCAACUCUUUUAUCGCUGUGGACGAUUUUAAAACAACGGAAGAAUUGGCCACUCAUUUGAAAUAUCUAAUGUCUAAUAAGACAGCUUACAUGGAGUACUUCGAUUGGAGAAGAGAUUACAAAGUAGUUUUUCUUGAUGGGAAAAACCAUGAUGCUCUGGAAAAACCGUGGGGAUUCUGUCAGAUAUGUCGUCUAUUAUGGGAAAAACCUCGGAAGCAGUAUACGAUUCCUAAUUUUACGGAAUAUUGGACUAAGUCUUGUGAAGAAGAUGGAACAUUAGCCAGAGGUAUACUUGGAGAUUCAUAG